CGCUGGGUCCGGGCGAGAGACAGAGCCCGCGGACCGGGCGCUAAAACCGCCUCGCCAUCCGCACGCCGCGGUCCGAGAGGAGGAGCCCCGGGUGCCGCUCCAGCCGCCGGCGCCGCCGCCGCUCCCGCCGGCACCCCAUGGAUAAGGCGGGCUCGCUGCACAGCUCGGUGCCCGGGCCGCCGCCCCGGCUCUACCUGCCGCGCAACUUCAGCUGCAGCGCCUGCCUCUAUGGCAGCCUGGCCGAGCAGUGCAGGGCGGGCUGCAGCCCCGACGGCGACGCCGCGCCCACGCCCGUGGUGCGGGAAGCGGCGGGCGAGAAGCCGCCGCCGAGCCGCGGCCGGGAGCCCACGCUGCCCGCCGUGCCCCCCAGCCCCACGCAGCGCCGCCGCGCCAAGUCGCUGCCCACGCCCGGCGACCGCAGCCUGCGCCCCGCGCUGCAGCAGAGCCCGUCGCGCCGCAAGACCGUGCGGUUCGCCGACUCGCUGGGGCUGGAGCUCACCUCCGUGCACCUCUUCUGCGAGGCCGACCUGCCGCGGGUGCCGCUGCCCGCGCCGCCGACGCCGCGCCCCGCCGACCUCCUCAAGACCAGGAAGCCGCCGGCGCUGGGCGAUCUGGAGCCGGUGCUGUUCGGGCCGCCGCCGCCGCUGCUGGAGCCGCUGUUCCCGCCGCAGCCCGGCGCCAGCCCCGGCUUCGCGGAGCGGGUGCGGCAGCACAAGGUGAGGCUGGAGUGGGUGCGGGCAGAGCCGGCGGGGCUGCGCGGGGCCGUGCGCGUCCUCAACCUCGCCUACGAGAAGGUCGUGUCGGUGCGCUACACGCUCAAUGGCUGGGCCAGCUGCGCCGAGGCUGCCGCCGCGUACCAGCCGCCCGCGCCGGCCGACGGCAUCACCGACCGCUUCGCCUUCCUGCUGCCCCUGGGCGCCGCCGCCGCCGAGACCACGCUGGAGUUCGCCGUCCGCUACCGCGUCGCCGGCGCCGAGUACUGGGACAACAACGAGGGCAAGAACUACCGGCUGCGGGGCCGGCAGCGCGUCCCGCCCGCCGCAGGGCCCCCGCAGGACCCCGACAGCUCUGCCUGGAUCCACUUCAUCUGAAACGGGAGGAGCGCGGAGCCCGCGCGGGCCCGGGGGACCCCUCCCGGGGGGGCUCGGCGCGCUCCCCUCGGCGCCCGCCCCGCCGCCUCCCCGCGAGCCGCCCGGAGGAGCUCUCCGAGCUCUGUUUACACUGGGGUCAUUCGUGUUUUCUGUGUCACUAGCGGGGCCGGGGGGAACCCUGGCUCGCCUCCCAGGCGCUCACGGGGUGUGGGCAGGGGGGCCGGGCGCGGGUUCCCCCUCAGUAUCCCGAGCACUGUGGCUUCCACCAAAGCGGCGGCUGCCGGCCGGGCUCCGGUGACAGGGGCCGGGAAUGUGCGGGAUUUGCCGGUCAGGACCGGGAUCCGCAGGUGAGUGCACAUCCUCCCGGCCCCGGAGGUCAGGCUGAGCUGCUGUCACCUCUGCAGGUUACACGGAAGGCGCUGCCACAGGGCAUCCCUCCGUCCUAUUUGCCUAAUCCUGCUCAGGCAAAGCUCGGAUCCGCCCUCAGCGCCUCGCUGACCCGCUCGUGUUAUUGUCCCGCGGGGUCAAGGGCCUGAGAGUGCAGGCUAAGGGACAGAUUAGUUUUGAACCCAAAAAGACAAAAGUAUGGAUGCCCCAAGGUGUAACUGUGUCUCAUUACGCGGUGAAAGUAUUCGGUUUAAAGCAAAUAUUUAAUUUUUUUAUUUUUUUUUUUUUACUUUUGAACCCUGUUUCGGGUAUUUAGUCAUAGUUAGAAAGCAAAAAAAAAAAAAAAAAUAGCAUCACAUCCUAUUUGAAACGCAACUCACUGAGAGAUUUUUAAAAGAAAGUGUUUUGGUUUAGAAUUCACGUGGUACGUUGAUGGAAAAGUUUGUCAGGAUCUGGUGUUUGUUUCAGUAGGACUGGUCCCACAGAGCUGCUUGUGUUCAGGUCAGCGGGAAAGUCGUGGAAUUGCACCAAAAGAGCGAGAGACGACAAGAGUUGAAUCCCUAAUUCCAGUCUGCAUCAUGAGCAACACCUUCAUUUUUAUUGCUUCUGGCAGUUUAAUUAAACAGUAUCAGUGCAGGAGCCUGCUUUCUGAAUUUCCUGCUCCAAAUUCUUCACAAUAAUUUCACUAAGUGAUGGCUUUUACAAAACUGGUGAGGUUUAAUCAGAGAAAUCAAAGAAAGUUCUACCUCGCCAUAUAAAAGUAUAUAAAUCAAAAUUACACAGCAUACUGACUUCUGCCUUCAAAGGCAUGUUUUAAAUUAUAUUAUCACUAAACAAAGCAUUUUCCUUUUUAAUGUGCUUUUUCAGGAGUUCAGUUGAAUACAGGUUGUGCUGGUGCCAAAUCUGGGUGCUAAUUUUCCAGGAUUGAGACAUGAAUGUGUUUGCUGGAGUGGGGCCUCUGCAAAUAUAACUAAUGAGAGUGGUAAAACCAUGUCAGUGUGAUUUUCUGGUUGUGAAGAGCUGUAAGAUCUGGCCUUUGGGUUUUGAAUUUUCUGUAGGUUGUUUUGGGAUGAAAUGCCAUUUUUUAAACUGCAUUUUUGUGUUUCUUCGAAGGGUUAAGUGUCCCAAGCAGCUUGAGUAAUGUCUGGAGUAAUGAGUUCUCACAGAACCUUUUGACUCUGGUGAGAAUCGAGAGCAGUUUUGUCUCCUGAGGGUCUGAUUCAGUCAGAAUAAUUAAACUUAUAAAUUCUGGGGGAAAAAGAGGUCUGGAAACUCAAUGGGAAAAGAACAUUUAAUUUCAUUUCUGUAGAUUACUGGUUCUGAUUUAAUGGAAGUAAUAGCAAGGCUACUUUCUGUAGUAUUGGUAGCUUGGUUUUAAUUUCCCAGUCAGUGUUCUAAUCCCUGUGCUUUUAAUGAAACCAAAUUUAACAGAAAUACACUGUCAGCAUCUACUGAGUAUUUCACAUUUUAGUGUAUUAAGGUCCCCAUCUUGUAAUACAGUAAUCCUGUAAGUUACUAGAACACAUUUAUAAAGCUAGAAUUGCACAAAUAGGGUCUUAAAACGAUCAUGAUUAAAACAUAUUAAGUGGUGUAUUUGAUAAAGCAAGCCCAAGUGUCUUUUAGUUGAAUUUACAUUUUAUAAGAGCCUUAAUACUGGAGAGAAGGAAAAGGACUUGUCUCCAUUUGAAAGCACUUUGAAAUCUGGUAGAAAUAUAGCAAACCAUCAUUUAUUUAUGUGUUGUAGCUUUCCAAAGCUUGGCCUUUUUAACUGACAGAGUGAACCAACAGCAGUUAUGUGGACUAAUGAAAAUGCUUGGAGAAAAAAGUAGUUUCUAUGCAUUUUAGAUCAACUGGUGAUGCAACUUUGCUUAAGAAGUUUUAACAGGAUUUUCUGUUUAUUGUUUCAGUGGAUUUAUAAAACAUGGACAGCGCUAAAAACAUUUUUAACACUGAGCAAUUCUAGAACUCCAUAAUUAUUUCCCAGUGAUUGGCAGUUUUCAUUGUUGUUAGAUUUAUGCAGUUUUCAUUGUUGUUUGAUUUAUGCAGCAUAUGUAGGUCUCUAAAAAUUCUCUAAAAAAGUUUUAAAAUCUCAUUCCAGCACCUGUGGCAUAAACACUUUCAAUUCGGAUUACCUAAGUGGAUGUACCUGCAUCAAGUGCACAAGGAGGUGGUUGUAUUUCACUUUAUUUUUGAUCAUGACUUAGAUGAACUUACUGUUGUUUUAGGUUGGAAUUUUGCAGGCAGAAUUGGGCUCUAUGAUACUGUUCAGAUAUUAUUGUUCUUUUAUUUACAGCCACCUUUGCCAAACACAAAUCUGAAUAUUCAACCUCUUGAAGCAUACCAUGAGAGUGUUUUGCACAACAGUCUUUUGAGCUUUCAAGCAGUUAAUCCUGACUUUAACCUAAAUUUUGUAACUCUAUGAGCUUGAUCAGAGAUUAUUGAUGAGACAUGUGCAAGUCCAGUAAGAGGCACGGUCUUGUAGGAGGUUUAGAGACAGCUCCAUUGUAAUGCCUGGGAAGGGACGGCUGCACCCAGCCAGCUUUGACCAGAGAAUGCUGUUUGAUGAAGGCUGUGGAAGGAAAUUGAGGUUUUCAUAGAAAUUAUCAGUAGCAUAUGCCAAAACUGCACUACUUUGAUUACACAUUUGUGCUUCUGUCACGUGAAUUUAUUUCUGAGAAAGGUUUAUCCACAAAUAUGUGUUCAGUUCAGUGGCUGGGAGUGUUUCUCCACUGGCAGCAUUCAUGUAGUUUUCAAUCCAUUAGAUUUCAGUCUGAGCCCAUCUAUUCCAUCUAAUACUUGCUAGAAGCACUGUGAUAAGUGGAGAUGAAAUAGAAAUGUCAAAUGAUAUUUAUGUGAUACAUAAACAAUGACUUUGAGGAGAAUAACCUGUAUUGAAGGAGAUUAUUUUCAAGUUGGCAGGACACUAUUUAAUUGUGAGCUUGAGGAAAACAUAUUUUUAAAAUUGUAUUUCUAAAGAAUACUUCAAGAAAAAACUUUCACAAGCAAAGUUAAAUAUUUGAAAAUUUUCAAACCAAUCUGUUUCUGGAAAAAAUGGUUUUACAUGCAUGAAUGGGGUCCAUGCCUCCUCCCUUUGCAAGGGAUACCAGGAUGGUUAAGGCAAGGCAAUAAUCCUUUGGUCAUGUACUUCCCUUGUAAGUGAAUUAUUCAUUGCUUAUGUCUCCGCAGGUGUAAAAAUGUGUCUGUCAUUUAUGGUGCAAAGUUGUAGCUUUAUGAAAUGUGCCAUGUUGUUUUAUGGGCACUAUAAUGCUCAUUUAUCCAGCAAGUUGAGUUGUACUGUAUGUCUGAUAGACAUGGAUGUUUGCUGCUUCACACUGGAACUGGUAGGGUUUUUGCAUGUGACUCUCUGCCUCCUGUGGCAAUAUUUUGGAGAUUUACCCUAAUUAUUAGAAAUCCUAAAACAAAUGAGAACUAUUAAGUGUCCAUAAAUGGAAUUUCAGCUAGCUAAACAUAUUAUUUAUUAGCAUAAAAUCAAUAACUGAAGGUGUUGUACUUACUUUCACUAAAUGUACAAAAUUUCAGGUAAAUUAAUUUCUUUCUCCUUUUACCAUUUGCAAGUAACUUUUUGAUGUGAAUGUGUGUGCCCCAGUAUCUCAGUGAACAACAGAGUAAGUGCACACUCGGUUGUUUCAGAUGUGAGGGGCAAAUAUAUCACUUGAAUGAACAAAUGUCUGUUCGUGCAUGAGCAUCAUCCCUUUACAGAUACGUGAAAUGUUUUUCUACAAUGCCAACAGGCAAGCAGCUGCUAAUUUUAAUGCAAUCUGCAGAAAUGCUCAGAAUUUGAUUUGUUGAACAUAUCACAUAUUCAAAUUUUUAUGUGCCUUUCAGCAUUUCCUAGAAAUAAAGCUCACGUGUUCCUUAGCUCUCCCACCACGCGUCCAAUAAUGAACUUGUCAUUAAAAUGAAAUUUUUACAAAAAUACAAUAAUCCUAAUUCCUGACACAUUUGUAGCUGUGCCAGAAAUCGUGUAUCUAUAGCAGCCAGAAGGAUUUGAUAAUAUUUUCCCAUAUUACAGUGAAAGAUUUGUCAGUCAGAAAUAUGUCUUCCUGGUACAGCUCUACAUUUAUGUAGUUAAGUAAAAAAGAAACCAAUUGUGACUACAGUUAACACAACAGAGUAUGUUUGUUGUAUAUAUUCACUUCUUGCACAAAAAUUCUAAAUAUAUUCUCUCUGAAGCCAGAAGUUCUAGUUUUCUACAAAAUCUGUUCGUGGAGACCUGGCCUUUUCAACUUUUACUGUUACUUGUCUGAUGCUGCAUAAUGCAAAUUGUUAAAAAUUUUUGAUGGGUUUAAUCUGCCUAUAGGACUUGUCAUGAAACAAAAGUGCUCAGUGCAAGGAAUACCUGAAGUAAAUUACUUUUACCUUCCAGCUAUUCUGCAUGGCUUUUUGGCAAAUCCCCAGCAAUUCUGUUUCCUGUACAUAUUCCACAUGCACAUGCUUGGAGGAAAUGGAAGGAUUAUUAAUGGAAUGGUAAUAUUUUUGAGCACUGAAAUUAAGGAUUUUCCAACAUAAAUAGUUCAAGGCAAGAGGUAAAUAUAGUCAAUAUUACUGUAAAACAAAGCCCACUGGCUGCUUUAUGAAGAGCUGAUCAGUAUUUUGUUUAAAAUGGAAGACAGUGGUGUAUUUCAAAAUUAAACAUGUUCAGGGAAACACACCUGUUUCAGGGAAGGUUUUCUCAGGUUCAGCUGGCAGGAGAGAAUUGCCCUAAAGUAAAGAAGUGAUAAGAGUAUUUCCUUACAUUUGUGUGUGGGCUUGAAUGUAGGUCUUCCAUGAGCAAAGUGGAUACUGAGCUAUAAAACCAUUGGCUAUUGCUUGGAGGUUUUCUUUAUCCAACUUACAAAUAUAGUUUUAAAAUACCCUCACAGAAAGGAUUUUUGACCCUGGGUUUGCCCAUCUCAUGUGAAUAUCUUCUUCAUUAAUCACUCUGUCUUUUGUUUGAGGCCUCUGUUGUUAAGGAAAGAUUUGAUUUUAUUUUUAUGCUACAUAGAAAGAUUAUUUUACAUUAGGGUUUUGGAGGGGAAGGCGGGGAAAUUUUUCCCUUGCAAUUUUCACUUUAUAGAUAUUAAACAAUAGCAUGAAGUAUAAAAAUUGCUUGAAAUUACAUAUGCACUAGUGAUUCCAAAGAAUAUAGCUAAAACUAAUGUCAAGUGUGAGAUGUGCUUUUUAAAAAACAUAUGUGCUUUGAUCUAGAAAGGCAGGGAGAAAGUCCUAGUCUCCAGUGCAAGCUAUUAAUGCCAGGGAUUUCUUUCUAUGCAAUUCUAUGGUGCACCUUUUUUAUAGGGAUUAACUUGAUUGGUGUAGUUCAUGUAUCAGUGUGUUAUGUGUAGAAUACUCUGUUUAAAGUGUCAUUAAGGAAACUGUGUGUCUUAAAUGGUGUUACAACUUUAGGCUCUUUUUUGUCUAACCUGACUUCACUAAAUCAUAAGAAACUCCUCUGAAUAACAAUAACCAGACAAUAUUUCAUAACAUUGUGUAAUCAAGUCUCACACGUUACACUUACCACCUUCUAGGACAAAAGUCGCGUUAUGGUUGUGAGUUUUAAAUUUUUUUGUAUUUCUGUAUCUUAAAAAGCCAGAUUGUGCUACAGUUUUAAAUGCAAAGAGCUAAUAAGCGUGUUUGGGAAGCUGAUCAAAAGUAGUCAAACUAAAAUUGACUGGGAUUACUCCUGUGUCAAAUUUCUGAACUGUGGCAUAAAAAAUGUUUGUGACCCUCCUGUGCCUCCUUCAUGGAGGGGCACCCUGGGUGCAAAACCUGCCAACAUCCAGACACGAAUCCAGGUUGCACUGCAGGAAAAUUGCUGUGACAGAAUUGCUGUUCUUGGAGAGGUUUGAACAAACCCAACUCCUCCCUUGUAGCGUUACACAGAUGUUCUGUCUGUUGAAGAGAGUGCUCUUCAACAUGCAGGUUUUUAUUACUGUCUCUUUGAUUUACUGUGACUUCAUUCUGAAAAAAAAAAUUGUUACUUAACUCUGUACUUGACUAGUAAAUUACUUUUAGUUGUAGUGUCUUCUGCAAUGUUUAUAUUUCACCAAAUAAUGUUUAUUUCUAAUGUUUGUAAAAGUUAAUGUAAUAUCACCAGAAGUCAAAAUCAACAUUUUCUAAUAAUGCCUUGUAAUUUACCUAGCCUUACAGUAUUUCAGAAAAUUUUCCACCAAAACUGCAUCUAGUCACUGCUUGUCACAAUUAUGAAAAAGAGAUAUUUAUAAACCUGUAGCUUCUAGCUGCCAUUAAAGAUUAAUAAGACAAAUCAUGA